AUGAAAACGAAAGGGUUUCGGCAACAAGCAGGAUUCGCGUGCGAAAACUGCCGGAGGCGCAAAGCAAGAUGUGACCGCAUGCGUCCAGAGUGCAGCCUCUGCGCAGAGAUGGGAGUUGCCUGUGUCGUGAUUGAACAGAGACCACAGCGCGGUCCCAAGAAAGGACAGCUGGAUGAGAUGCGGACACGGAUUGCCGAACUCGAAUGGCAACUUGGGAAGCAAGUCAAUAGACCCAAGACGGCGGAUUCGAUACCAGCAGGUGCUCCAUGUGGUAGCACCGUUGCAACCACUAUCCAGCCUCUUACGCUCGAUGUCGAUAAUCCAACCAAUACUUCCCAUCUGGUGAGCACAUCGGCCCUUCAAGCUGUGACGCCUGCAUCAUCGACCGCAACAUCCAUCAUCUUCUCUACCUCCGCGUCCAACGAUGCCGUACCACCAACCACAAGCACGGCUGCAGCAAUGCCCACAUUCCCGGCCGCGGAGCAUAAUGCAAGCACCGACCUCCAUGCCUUGAUGGAUUGGCAAGACAUGGAUAUGGACAGCAGCACUGGGAUACUGGCAGACAUGGGAGACAUGUUACAGUUCGACCUCGAGCCCAACAGUCCGGUUCAGAUUCUCGGGGAGUUUAAGAGGACGAAUUUGGUCUUGGCCGAUCUGAAUCAACUGUACUUUGAUCGCGUCCACCAUACCAUACCAAUGAUACACCGCCGGCGGUACUUUAGUUGGGCAGAUGAAGAGAAUCCAUCUCCUGCUCGGAAAUGUCUGCGGUCAGCCAUGCAUACCGUUGCAGCGGCCAAGUCGGCACAAUACCACAAUCUUGGCGAUGCUCUUUACCAAGAGACGUGUCAACUACUAGAAUCCCAGCACACGCGAAAACUAAGUAGAAGUGGUAGUACAUCGAUCGACAACAUCAAUGACCCCGGCCCCCCCAAGUCUUGCGCCGGCCAGCAGAUUCCUAUUGAGCUGGUCCAAGCCUGGCUUCUCCUAGCACACUAUGAAUUUCUACGUAUUGAUGAGCAUCAGGCAAUGCUCACGGCGGGACGUGCGUUUCGACUUGUGCAAUUGGCACGCCUCUACGAUGUUGAUGAGAGUAGCAGCAGCGGCGGUGUUGAUGACAUGCCGUUAAAUCCAUUUGAUGGCUCUGACAGCGACGAGCAUGAGGAGGAUCUUUCAUAUGCGGUGACUGAAGAGAAGAGACGAACCUUUUGGCUGGCAUUUGGCUUUGAUCGCUUUCUCUGCUCACGCAACGAGUGGCCUUUGACGCUGCAGGAAGAAGCCGUCCGCACGCGUCUCCCUGCCCCUGAGGAAAGUUUUCAGAAUAACCAGCCGAUCCAGAUGUGCUUCCUAUCCGAAGUGCUCUCCAUGGCUGAUAACACCCAGGCUGAUGCCUCUACAACGAUACCACUUUCACCAUUCGCAGAAUGCGUCGUACUAGCGGCACUGCAAGGUCGUUGCAUGGCCCAUCGACGCAUGUCGCUGGUCAGCACUGGAGCAGACGGCGCUCAGGAGUUCUGGGCAAGACACGAGCAAUUGGUGUUGGCUAUGGAUAAGAGAUACCAGAUGCUUGCGCAAAGCCCAGCCUUCACAAUGGCUAACCGCGACCCCAUGAUGAUCUUCGCAUACAUGCUGGCCCAGAAGAUAAUCAUCAAUCUUGAUAGCAUAUUAGAGACCGUGCCGUGGCAGAGGCAGCAGCAACAAAAGGCUGCCGACCGCCAGCUCCUUGCCACCUCAUAUAAAUGGCGAGCUGAGCGGGCGGCAGUCGACAUGGUGCGUCUUGCCAGGUCGGUUAGAUCACUUGGUUGCUUCGCGUUGCACCCGUUCAUGGCCGAUCCGCUUGCCUGUGCUGCCGACUUUUUAAUCCGACAUACCAAAUCUGUCACUGACACCAGAAGUUCAGGAAAUGUAAGCGGCAACGCCAACUGCAUGGGCAGUAUUGGCAGCAAUGAUAAAGAGGUAGAAAGUUUGCUUUUCUUGCUUCGAAGUCUACGCUAUGUCAAUAUUUUAGCACAAGACUAUAUCAGCACUCUUGAGUUUGACUAUAACAGUAUUCGCAUGUAUAAUAAGCUGUGGCAGCUGAAAUAA